CAGUUCAGCCCAUUUCUUGAAGACGCUGACAAUGACGAGCAGCAAAAUGCAAUCAACGGCGGAGACAGCGCCGCGAGUAAUUACACAUCCUUUAUCUUUUUACAGUUUUCCUGAUUUACCAGUAGAGUUGCGGCUAAGAAUCUGGCGCUACUCUUUCCUCCCCCGCUGCGUUGAACUGCAUGCCCGCAGAUCACACUAUGCCGAUAAUUUCCAACACGGAGGCAUACCAAAAUGGCAAAGUCGAUGCUACAAUCCCGCUGCACUGGCAGUAAAUCUUGAGGCGAGAUCUGCAGCAAUAGACCUUUAUCGUGUCAAACUCCCCCUUGCAACGGUUGCUCCAUAUGAGCAUGCUGGCGAUGACAUAAACGACCCUCAUCGCGUCUUAUACAUCAACCCUGCUAUCGACACCGUCGCUAUACUGGGUGACCUAGACUACAGCAGAGUCUCACAACUUCUGACUGGCUUGCGAGCUAGUGAUCCAGAUGGAAUCGGUUUGCAGAAUUUUGCUGUCAGUGCCAGCUGGACGUAUCAUGAGGGAGCUGGUGACACGAUCAGGAUGCUAGUCAAGCACAUGUUUCCGGAGCUCCAACAGAUGACCGUGUUUAUGUAUGAUGAGAAAAUGCCUCCGGCGGACUGGGGUGGUGGAACGUGUGAGCUGCGAGAUUGUAGCCAUACAGACUACUAUAAACGCUACGCAAUGGGACGAGGCCGACAAAUGAGGGAUGGUGAUGGGUGGAUGGUAAUUGGGAGGAAGGAGUUACAGGUAAAGGAGCUGAGAUUUAGGCAUGGAUGGUAGUCGACGUCGAUUCAGUGAGAGUUAGAGCUCAAUAUAGCUCAAUAUAGCUCAACGAGAUAUCAAGUCAAUACCCCAUCAGCAAGGAUAAGUCUCUCAAUUUAAUACAGGCAAAGAGACUAACAAGACUCUUAUUGUUAUGUGCUAAUAA